UGCUCUUUCUGGUAUUCUUUUUCUCUAAAAAAAGCUGAAAUUCCUUCAAAUAAUAAAAUUUCCCAGUUGACAAAAGAGAUGAGAAUGAGAGGGAGAUCCAUUAAGAUACAGAUACUACAAAUGAACAUUUUGAUUGCUUACUUAAAGUGUGAGAUUUUUCAGCCCAGCACCACCUUAGCAGUUUUUUAUGCUUUUAUAGUAGCUAAACUGAGUGGGAAGAUACAAAACCAUAUUAAUUUAACUAAAGUAGCUAUUAAAAACCAGUCCUGUAAGUUUAUGAGAUAUGUAAGGAACUCCUGUGCAGACAACAGAUUGAUAAGCGGAAUGCUGAUGUUAAUUAAUUAAAAACCCAUUGAAUUAAAAUGUUAGAAACUCCUUUUUUUCCAUCAUGUCCCCAUCUCCUUUCUCCUAUUGCCUACAUAGACAUACAGGGAAAGAAUCUCAAGAAGCCAGGGUAGCUCAAUUAGGAGGAAAAAUGAGAGAAGUGUCUGAUUCUGUCUUCAUGCAAAUUUUAUCCAGCAUGUUCAAUCAUCUAAAAAAAUGGAUGCAUCAGACCUUUCUGCUUUUUCCUGCCCAGAUAUAAUAUUGACUUGUCAAAUGCAACUAACAAGGAGUAGGUAGAUUGCUCUUCUUGUUUAACAUCCAUUCGUGAAACUGCAUGCUAAUGAUUUCAGCUGCUUUUUUGAAGUGCGAUGUUUCAAAAUGUUACAGAAGCAAAAAAGUUUAUUGGUAAAUCCCUUCAGCCAGCACGACCUGUGCAUCAACUGUCUUCUAAACAAGCAUCACCCAUUGCAUUAAACAUUCGGACUGAAUUACCCAGCAGCACUGAAGUAUGUUUGCAGAGUAAGGUUAACUGGUCAUCUGAAAUGACUGAAGUGAAGAUCUUGACUCAAACUAUGAUGCUCUGUCAACCAAAACAACAUGAAUCAGGAGAAAAAAAAGAAAGGAUCCAAUACAGCAGAGAUUUCCUUCUGAAGCUUUCAAAUGUUUCUCUCUCUCAGAAGAAACCAGAGUUUCUUCCUGAUCACCCAAUUGUACUUGAAAAGCCAGUGAAGAACAAACCUUUCAUUGACAUCUGCAAGAAGUGACAUGUUGUUUGGAAGAUCCAAGGUCUGUCACUAAGGGACCUACAUUUGAUGUAGGUCUUCAAGAUUUUUGAAGGUACUUGGGUGCCUGCAGAUGGAAGUACGACCCUGUGAAACCUAUGAAAAUGCCUGUUUCUUCCUGUAAUUGCCUGAAUGCUUUAAGAGACAAACCU